AUGAAAAACACUGUAUCUUCUUUAAUGCAUAGUCACUUAAAACAAAUAACUCCCCUUAAAGUUAUAUGCAUAUUAUAUUAUGUCAUAGGAAUAUUUAUUUUACUUAUAUCAUUUUUUUCGAAAACAAUAACUAAUUGGUCUUUACAUGGAAAAAAUAUGUUUAUAAAGUUAGAACAAAAUGAAGAAAAGCGCAGUUGUAUGUUUCAUAGAUUAAAAAAAUGGGUCGAUAAUAUUAUAAUCUCAAAAAAAUAUUUCUUUCACUUUUAUUUUCUUGGUUUGAUAAUAAACUCAGCUAUAUUACUACAAGAUAUUAAUGAGGCAUCUCGGAAUAAUUACAAUGCAUAUGAGUAUAUAUCUAAAACAAAUAUUAUGUUUGAAAUACAUUUGUUAAGAAGAUUAUUAGAACAAAUAUUUGUGGUGAAAACUACUUCUAAAUCUUUUAUGCAUAUUUUAUCAUAUUGUCUAGGAAUAAGUUUCUACUUAGUCACCCCCUUUUCUUUGCACAGCAAAAAUAUACACAAAAUUACAGUGCUAAAACUGCUCUCUAUUACAAUAUUCAUUUUUGGAAAUUUAGUUCAAUACGAUUCUCAUGUUCGUUUGGCCAAAUUACGAUCAAAAGCCCUAAAAAAUAAUGAAUUUCCAUAUAAAGUUCCAUAUGGUGGGCUUUUUGAUUUUGUUAGUUGCCCUCAUUAUUUUAGUGAAAUUUUGAUAUACUUUUCAUUUUUCCUAUCAAAUCUAGAUACGAUAUGUCUUUUGAAUUGUCUCAUGGUUUUAUUAGUUUUAAUUAAAAAUGGAAUACAUACACAUAGAUGGUAUCUGAAAACUAUGCAAGACACAUACCCCAAACACAGAAGAAUUAUAUUCCCCUUUCUCUUUUAA